UUCUAAAAAGUGUCAGAGAAUGGGGUUGAAGCGUCUCAGUGUGAGAAUUUUUCCUCUAGUUCUAACUGCUGAUUGGAAAGAGGAUUUCUGAUUAGAAAUCGAGUUUGAAUUGUAUAGGAGACUCUUUGGACUGUUCAGAGGUCUAGAGAAAAAAACAUUUAACGGUACUGCACCAUUGUGAGUUUGGAUAAUUGUGUUUGACUUUGUACCUGAAGGUUUGUCCUUAAAAAAUAUAUAGAGAGAAUUUGGGUGGGAAAACUAUUUGUCCACUAUUUUCUACUAUGUAAAGCUGUCUCAGGUACCAUUGCCCCCAGUAACGUCUUUCUAGACUCACUUGCUAGAACACUGAUGCACUCAGGCAUACACCACUAAGUAUUUUACGCUGGAACUCAAACCAUGUUUGAAAUGUGCGCUACCUACGUGGGGGUUGGAAUCCAAACAAAGCUUGUGUUUAGCUACCUUUUUUUGUGUCGUGCAAACUUCUUUUAACUGUCAUGCAUUUUUCUGGUAAUAGCUCUUCAAGUCUGCAAUAAAAAAUGGCCUCCAAUAAAACUACAUUGCAAAAAAUGGGUAAGAAACAGAAUGGAAAGAGUAAAAAAGUUGAAGAGGCAGAGCCUGAAGAAUUUGUGGUGGAAAAAGUACUGGACCGACGCGUAGUGAAUGGGAAGGUGGAAUAUUUCUUGAAGUGGAAGGGAUUUACAGAUGCUGACAAUACUUGGGAACCAGAAGAAAAUUUAGAUUGUCCAGAGUUAAUUGAAGCAUUUCUUAAUUCUCAAAAAGCUGGUAAAGAGAAAGAUGGUACAAAGAGAAAAUCUUUAUCUGACAGUGAAUCUGAUGAUAGCAAAUCAAAGAAGAAGAGAGAUGCUGCUGAUAAACCAAGAGGCUUUGCCAGAGGUCUUGAUCCUGAACGAAUAAUUGGUGCCACAGACAGCAGUGGAGAGUUGAUGUUUCUCAUGAAAUGGAAAGAUUCAGAUGAGGCAGACUUGGUACUGGCAAAAGAAGCAAAUAUGAAGUGUCCUCAAAUUGUAAUUGCUUUUUAUGAAGAGAGACUAACUUGGCAUUCUUGUCCAGAAGAUGAAGCUCAAUAAUUGUUUGCAUUGUUUUUUUAUAUAUAUUUAUAUAUAUAUAUAAAAUCUGGGUCUUGGAUUUUGAUUUACUUAGUGUGGAGAAAGAACUGCAUUCUAAUGGAAAAAUCAAGUUUGAUAUGUUUGUUUUGAAAGUAGUAUUGGGGAAUUGGGGGGGGUUGCAUCCCAAUAGCACUGGUUACUUUGAACAAAUAAAAGCUUUUCUGUAGUUGCUUCCUUAUUGGGAAAAAAAAAAAAAAAAA